AAAAAGCCAUAGACAAAGUACACAUAGAUUGUCAUUUGUCUAUAAUAUAAAAAUCCAGAGAAUGUUGAAAUCAUAGACCUUGUUGAAAUUAGGUUCACAAUAUAUUUCAAAAUAUAGGAAAUAAACAAAGAUAAUAAAUAUGAAAAUCGAUACGAUAUAAAGUAACUUAUGAAUAUACCUGUCUUGCUAUUCACAUAAAUACAAUAUGGCUUUUAAAUCGGCGUUUCCAUCAUCAACGUCUGGGUUGCCCUCCGUCGAACCCGAACACAUACAGUUUCUUAUGUUCACUGAUGAAGAUAUAAAAAAAUUGAGUGUAACAAAGAUAACACAAAUCCAAUCGUUUGACGCCAUCGGUAACCCUACUAAGGGAGGCCUGUACGAUUCUGCACUAGGACCACUAAGGGACAGGAACGAUAACUGUGAGACAUGUAACAAUUCGUUACUGCAUUGCCCUGGACAUUUUGGACACAUCGAACUGCCCCUCGUGGUAAUUAAUCCACUCUUUACAAAAAGUAUUUACAUGCUAUUCCGUAUAAGUUGUCUCAAAUGUUUUAGAAUACAACUUGACGAUCGCUUAAAGUCGCUAUUGAAACUGCAAUUGGAUCUAGUAGAUGCAGGGCAUAUAACAGCAGCUUUAGACCUUGAUUACUAUGUAAGUGAAACAUACAGUAGUAAGGAGUCUCCGGACAAACCAAAUAAAACUAUAAGAAAGUAUAGAAAACUUUUGAAAACAAAAGAUGUAAUUGUGGAAACAUUUCACAGUAAAAACACUGAUAAAAUUAGAAGUAAAAUAAUAACCGGCUAUUUUAGGAGCAUGAAUAUUGUAAAAAAAUGUAUGUUUUGUAUGGCCAAACUAAUAAAAGUUAAUACAUCCGAAGGUAAAAUAAUGUAUAAUUUGAGUGCUGAAGGUUCAACACCAGGAACAAAAGGCAUUAAAAUAUUGAUGCCAGACGAAAUCAGACGAUUUUGUGUGGACAUUUCAAAAAAUGAUGAAGAUCUGUUAAAAUAUUGUUUCCCUGUAUUGAAACAUACAUCUGCUAGUCCAGCAAUAAAUAUAUUUUUCAUGGAAAUUGUGCCUGUGUUACCUCCGUGUGUAAGACCCUGCAAUAUCUUGAGAGGAGAACUGAUUGAGCAUCCUCAAACUAAUGUUUAUAAAGCCAUAUUGUUACACUCCUAUGCUGCUAGAGUCAUUUUACAAGUUCUCUCAGCCUCAAAUCAACAAAAGGCUCAAGACUGCUUAGAUACAGCACCAAGACAAGCAUAUGAGGCUGUUCAAGGUAAAACACCAGCUGAAAAAUUACAUGUUGCGUGGCAGGACCUACAAAAGAGUGUUAAUCAUUUACUGAAUUGUGAAGGUAUGGGAGCAUCAAGUCAAGGUCUUAAACAGAUACUGGAAAAGAAAACUGGCUUAAUAAGGAUGCACAUGAUGGGCAAAAGAGUGAAUUUUGCUGCAAGAUCUGUCAUUACCCCAGAUCCCAAUGUCGACAUAGAUGAAAUAGGCAUCCCAGAUGCUUUUGCCACAAAACUAACAUAUCCCGUCCCGGUUACGGAAUGGAAUGUUGAUGAGCUACGUAAAAUGGUAAUCAAUGGACCCAAUAAACAUCCAGGAGCAGAGAAAUUAGAGAUUGGGAACGGUAGAAUAAUUAGAAUACCUGCUGACUCUAUACAAAAACGGAAAAGUCUUGCAAAACGCCUUCUGACACCUGAUGAGUACAAAACCACCGGCUUAAAGACAGUUCACAGACAUUUGGUGAAUGGUGACAUUUUGAUCCUUAACCGGCAGCCUUCUUUACAUAAGCCCAGUAUGAUGGCUCAUCGAGCAAGGAUAUUAAAAGGAGAGAAGACCCUUCGACUACACUAUGCUAACUGCAAAUCGUACAAUGCUGACUUUGAUGGAGACGAAAUGAAUGCCCAUUUCCCACAAGACGAAAAUGCAAGAAGUGAAGCAUACAACAUAAUGUCUGUUACAAAGCAAUAUCUAGUACCUAAAGAUGGCACACCUCUAAGCGGUUUGAUCCAAGAUCAUGUUAUAUCUGGUGUAAAAAUGUCACUUAGAGGUACUUUUUAUAAUAAGUCAGAUUACCAGCAGUUGGUAUUUCAAGCUCUCUCAAAUCACAGAGGUAAAAUCCAGCUGUUACCUCCUACCAUACUGAAACCUAUUGUACUGUGGUCAGGUAAACAAGUUCUAUCUACAAUAAUUAUCAACACAAUACCUAAAGGGAAACCAUGCCUUUCGUUAACUGGUAAAGCCAAAAUCAGUGCGAAAGCCUGGCAGAAAGAAGAACCGAGACAGUGGAAUGGCGGUGGCAGCCCAUUUACCAAUCCGAAUACCAUGACUGAAGCUGAAGUUAUUAUCAGAAAAGGUGAACUAUUGUGUGGAGUACUAGAUAAAACUCACUAUGGAGCCACACCCUAUGGCUUAGUCCACUGCAUGUAUGAAUUGUAUGGUGGGGAAUGCUCUAGUGCAUUAUUGAGUUCUUUUUCUAAAGUCUUCACCUUUUAUUUACAAUGGAUGGGGUUCACUCUCGGUGUCAAAGAUAUUCUAGUUGUCAAAGAGGCGGAUGAUAGGCGAGAUAAUUAUAUUUGUUUGGUUCGAAAAUCUGGUAAAGUUGCAGCGGUAAAAGCUACUGACUUGCCGAUGGAUGUUGAUGACAAAAAACUAAAAGAUACAAUUGCAGAAAUGAAUGCAAAAGAUCCCAAAUUCAGGUCCAAUUUAGAUAGACAUUAUAAAAAUAUGCUCGAUUCUUACACAAAUAACAUAAACAAAGUUUGUUUAUCGGAAGGUCUUCUUGAAAAGUUUCCAUAUAACAAUUUACAAUUAAUGGUACAGUCUGGCGCCAAAGGUUCUACUGUCAAUACUAUGCAAAUUUCAUGUUUACUUGGGCAAAUUGAAUUGGAAGGUAAAAGGCCUCCGCUAAUGAUAUCAGGUAGAUCACUUCCAAGUUUCCCUCCCUUCGAUGUGUCUCCCCGAGCUGGCGGCUUCAUUGAUGGCCGCUUUAUGACAGGGAUCCAGCCCCAAGAGUUCUUCUUCCAUUGCAUGGCCGGACGUGAAGGUCUUAUUGAUACGGCAGUGAAAACCAGUCGUUCCGGUUACCUACAAAGAUGUUUGAUAAAACAUUUAGAGAGUAUAUCUGUAGCUUACGACAACACGGUCCGCGAUGCCGAUAGCAGCAUCAUACAGUUUGCGUACGGAGAGGACGGCCUUGAUGUUUUGAAAUGUCAGUUCCUUAAGCAGGACCAAUUUGAAUUUCUCGAUAAAAAUUCUAACGCGGUUGUUAGCAAAUCGGUUAUUAAAAAAUUAAAAGAGAACGUCGACGGAAAUGACGUUUUAAAAUUGCAAAAGUCUCUGAAGAAGUGGAAGAAAAGAAACGGCAAUCCAUUGCAAAAAGUUCGCGUUAGUGGAUUCAGUCAAUUCUCUGUAUUAGCCAGGAAUGAAAUCGAACUAGACGAUCUUCCAACAGACCGAACAAGAGAUCCGUAUUACUGGGAACUAGAGAAGAAAUGGCGAGAAAUGGACGAAGAUGAGAAGCAACAAUACAUUAGGAAACCCUGUCCAGAUCCUAUUUCAAGCAAAUCGCCUCAAUUUAAAUUCGGUGUAAUAAAUGAACAAUUGGACAACAUCAUACAAAACUACCUUAAGAAUAGAUCUAAUAGUCUCUAUGAAUCUUACACAGACAAAAAGAAGUUCGUUGAAGUAAUGAAUGCUAAAUUCUUGGAGUCUAUGGCUUCACCCGGAGAGCCAGUGGGAUUGCUAGCCGCCCAGUCUAUCGGUGAGCCCUCGACCCAGAUGACAUUGAACACCUUCCAUUUUGCCGGUCGAGGUGACAUGAACGUCACCCUCGGAAUACCACGUCUGCGGGAGAUCCUAAUGACUGCAUCAGCGAAACUUAAAACUCCCAACAUGGACAUACCUUUCCUAAACGUGUCGGACGUGACAAAAAAAGCAGAGAAACUGAGACAGAAAUUGAACAGAGUGACUAUAGCGGACGUUCUAGAAAAGAUUGACGUGCAAUGCGAAAUCGUUGUGAGACCAGAGAGACAACUGAAGACCACCAUGAAAUUCACAUUCUUACCCCACAAACAAUAUAAGACGCAGUACGCUGUGAAGCCGACGCAAAUUAUAAAACACAUGCAAAAUAAAUUCUUCGAUGAAAUGUUUACGGUGGUGCGGAAGCACGCCAAGGCCACGUGCGGCGUGAUGUGGGCCUCCGAACAGAAGAAGCAGCGAGCCAGGGCUGCCAAGAGCGACGAGGACGACGGCGACGACGCCCCGGAGCCAACAGACACGGCCAACAACGAUCUCGACUCUUCAGACGAUGAAGCACCUAAUGAAGAUGAUGAUAAUACAGCCGCCAAGAUUCGCAAUAAAAGAACAGAAGAGCAAGAAUACGAGGACCCAGAAUCAGAGGAGGAAGAAAAAUCUGACGAUGAAGUGGAACUCGUCGAUGAUCAAGCGAAGGAGUCCGAAGAAGGUCAAGAGUCUCCAAAAGAAAAUGACGCUGAUUCCAGCAAAAUUAUUUCCGAUGUCGUUGGUAGCGUCAGAAACGCGACUAAUUACACAUUCGACACAAAAAAUCACCAAUGGUGCGAACUGACCGUACUAUUCCCAAUUUCAUUUUUGAGAAUAGAUUUGUCUCAAGCUCUACGAGAAACCGCCAUGAAGUCUGUCGUCCACGAAAUCAAACACAUAAAACGUGCGAUCACUCAUAAAGACAAUGACAUCGUCUAUCUAAAAACAGAAGGCAUCAACAUAUUGCAGAUGUUCAAAUACAAUCAUUUGCUGGACAUGAACAGACUGUACAGCAACGACAUACACGCGAUGGCCAACACGUAUGGCAUCGAAGCCGCCAACAAAGUCAUCAUAAAGGAGAUACAAAACGUAUUUAACGUUUACGGUAUCACUGUUGAUCCGCGCCACUUGACCCUCAUAGCCGACUACAUGACGUACAACGGGAUCUUUGAGCCUAUGAGCCGGAAGGGAAUGGAGGCGUCUUCGUCGCCGUUACAGCAAAUGUCGUUCGAAUCGUCGCUUUUGUUCUUGAAGGACGCCAUAUUGAAUUCUAAGAAAGACGAUCUCCGGUCCGCCUCUAGCUGUCUGAUGGUCGGCCGGCUGUGUCGCACCGGCACCGGCGUGUUCGAUCUGCAGCACUCGCACUUGUAUGGCAAAGUUAAUCUGUCUAAGUCGUGACCGCCGCGUCAUUCACCGUGCUUUUCGAUCGGUCGAAGGUGCCUGGCUGUAUGGACUAAAGUCCUUUGCCUUUCCCAUCAGAGAUAAAUUAAUAUCAUCGUCAUCGGUCGAAGGUGUCAACUUUGACAGUUGACAGUUUAGUAUAACAGAACAGAAUACGCAUCAUUCAUCCAGCAGCCUCGGUCGGAAGACUUAGCAAAUAAAUUAAAGGCGAAUUAAUCGGUUUUUUUUUCGAGGCUAAUAAUGAAAUAUGCCCAUUAAGUGUAUAUGAUUUAUAGUAAUCAUUGAAAUCAAAAUAUGAAUUGUUGGGUGGAAUUGAGAAAUAAAAAUACAGAAAAGUUG